AUGGUUGGAACUGCCCGCCCCAACCUACAUUACUGCCCUCGCAGACACAGCCUGAUGAUCACUGGUGCCAUGGGAGCGGUGCGGGUCAACAGAUACAGCAUCGUUUCCACAGAUGAAGAUGCCCUGAAGAUCUCUAGCCUGGGCCUCCACAAUGGCCACAGUCCUCUGACUCAGCAGACUCUGUCAGGUGCCUGCAUGCGAGGUGAGGAAGGAGGAGGAGACUGUCCAGGAAGUGAUGAAGGAAGAGGGGCUUUGACUCUAAGAGUGACAAAUGAACCUGUUGUCCAUAACAGCUGCCGUGCUUCACCUUCAUGUCGUCUGGGCCUGGAUCUGAGCACCGGCCGUCUGCGCAGCCGCUUUGUGAAGAAGAACGGCCAGUGCAACGUGGUUUUUAAUAACAUGGAGGACAAGCCACGACGAUACCUGGCCGACAUUUUCACCACAUGUGUGGACAUACGCUGGCGCUACCUGCUGCUCAUCUUCACCACCACCUUCCUUCUGUCCUGGCUUCUGUUUGGCCUGAUCUUCUGGGGAGUGGGGUUCGCUCAUGGAGACUUUGACAUUCGCAUCCCUGUAAAGGAUGGAGAUCCUCGGAGUACCACUGAGGGAGUAAAAGAUGAAUGGCGGCCAUGUAUUCUCCACAUCCAGGGUUUCAUUGGGGCAUUCCUAUUCUCCAUAGAGACCCAGACCACCAUUGGAUAUGGUUUCCGGUGUGUCACUGAAGAGUGUCCAGUUGCUGUGGUGACUGUGGUGGUGCAGUCCAUCGUGGGUUGCAUUAUUGACUCCUUCAUGAUUGGCACCAUCAUGGCAAAGAUGGUGCGACCCAAAAAGCGGGCGCAGACCUUGCUGUUCUCGCAUAAUGCUGUCAUCGCUCUGCGAGACGGAAAGCUGUGCCUCAUGUGGCGACUGGGAAACAUGCGCAAGAGCCACAUUGUUGAGGCCCAUGUGCGUGCUCAGCUCAUUAAGCCGCAUGUGACGGCAGAGGGUGAGUACCUCCCCUUGGAGCAAACAGACAUUGAUGUCGGCUACGACGACGGGCUGGAUCGUCUGUUUCUGGUGUCGCCACUGGUGGUGGUCCACGAGAUCAACAAGACAAGCCCUCUGUAUAACCUCAGCCGCACUGACUUGCAGAAGGAGGACUUUGAGAUCGUGGUCAUUCUUGAGGGGAUGGUGGAGGCCACAGCUAUGACCACUCAGGCCCGUAGCUCCUACUUGGCCAAGGAGAUCCUUUGGGGUCACCGCUUUGAGCCUGUGGUGUUUGAGAAAGGUGACCGCUACCAUGUGGAUUAUUCCCGCUUCCAUAAGACCUACGAGGUGCCAUCUACACCCCAGUGCAGUGCCAGGGAACUGAGCCAGAUUACGGGUCGUAGUGGGCAGUCCUCAUCCUCCAGCUCAAGUUACUCUCGGUCUCCAUCAUCGUUUCCUCUGAGGGCAGCCCGCCUGCUGGGCUCUCACUCCCCCAGCGCUUUUUGCUACGAGAACGAGGUAGCUUUGUGCUGUGGGGACGACGAGGAUGAGGAGGAUGUGAAAAAGGAGAUGGGGAACCUGAACGUAAGAAGUGACAGGGAGGUAAAGAUGAGAGAUGAAAUUCACUUGGGUUUCAAAGAGACAUUCGUGGAGGAGCAGACUGUGGAGAUGUUAUGUGUUCUGGACACAGAGAAUCAGAUCAGUCUUGACAGACUACAGCCCACCCUACCUUUAUACAUCAGCAGAGAGUCAGGAGUUUAA